CUCGAAUCCCAGCCAAAAAUUCCUCUUUUCCCGACUUUCGAACCAGCUCGAAUUAGUCUUUUCAGUGUGUCUCCAACUUCCAGCGGAUCAGGUCUUUUUUUCUCCACACUCGAUUUUAAAGACUUUUAAAGACGAUGGCGGAACUCUCAGCUCGGGACAUUGAACGUGCCAAGUUCGCCUUUUCCAUCUACGACUUUGAGGGUUCGGACACGGUGGACGCUUUCUACAUCGGCGACGUCCUCCGCGCAUUGAACCUCUCUCCGACGCAAAAACUCUGCGAAAAACUCGGCGGAACGAAGAAGCGGAAUGAGAAGAAGUUUAAGGUGGACGAAUUCCUUCCCAUUUUCGCCACUGCUAAAAAAGACAAGGACGUGGGGAACAUUGAGGACUUUACGGAAAUCCUGAAACUGUAUGAUAAAUCGGGGGAUGGCAAGAUGCCGUAUGCGGAAUUAAAUCAUAUCCUGCAGUCGUUGGGUGAGCGCCUGGACAAGGACGAGGCGGAGGCGAUUCUGAAGGACUGCUGCGACGCGGAGGAUGAGGACGGAUUCGUUCCUUACAAACCCUUCCUGAAGAAGCUGAUGGCCGGCCCGUACCCCGACGGAGAAUAAAUACACCUUUUUCACACAAACACACACUGGACAAAGAAAAACUCUGGAGAUAUCAAAAUUUUAAUGGAAUUUUUUUGUGAGGAUUUUUGUUAAGCUCUUUUUAAAAAUUUUGGAAAAUAAAAUUGGAUAAAUUGGCAAAAA